UUUUCCUAUAACCUACUGUCCAUUUUAGGACGACUUUUUCGUCGGGGUUGGACUACUAACUCUUUGGAAAAAUUUUAUAUUUGUUAUAAAAUUUAAUGUUUUUAUGGGAUAUUGAAAUUAGUGAUCAUAAUAAUUUUGAUAAUAUCUAAAACAAUGAGUGUGAUCGAAAUUAUCGAAAUAAGUAGUGACGAAGAUGAUGACGCUUCUACAUUAGUAGAUGUUUCGCUUGAAAAAACUGAUGAUAUUGAUGUGCAACAAUACAAUGAUGGAAGAAUAACAAAGACUCAGUCACAAUAUAAUGACGUUAAUAAUACAGAAAUUAUUGACAGUCUAUAUUUGAUAAAGAAACUAUUAAAUAGUAAUACAGAGGUUAUUAACAGUCUCAUUGAACAAAACAACGUUUUAUCUUCCACCAAUGGUUCAAUUUCACAAGCUAACGAUGAAAAUUUAGAAUUGUAUGCUAAACGGUAUAAAAAUAAUAUUGUAGAUUCGCUCAGUCAUAUAAAGAUUGUGAAAAUUGAAUCAUUGAAUGUACAAGAAAAUUUGACUGCGGAUAUCAUAGACAGUCAUAAUGAUAACGAUGUACAGGAAGUAAUUCCUGACAGUAACAGACAAAAUUUGAAUAUUGGGAACAUGAAUAAAAUAAGCUUAAAAGAUAUUGAAGAGACAACAAAUGAUAUUUGUCAUCACGAAUCGUCUAAUGUGAUUGAAACUUCAGUUAAAAAUAAAUUUCCAUUAUUUAAAUGGAAAGAUUUGAAAGAAAUUUCAAAUAAUAAACUCCAAACUAAAAUCAUUUCUGAUUAUACAUUAAAAAUAUUAAAAAAAUAUCUUCCAUUGGUUCGACUUGAUAGGAUCUCAGUACCUGAAAGCAAUAUAAAUUCUUCAAGUAACGCAGAAAACAAUAUAACUCCUUCGAGUAGCGAAGAAAACAACAUAAUUUCUAUAAGUAACGUAGAAAACAAUAUCAUUCCUUCAAGUAACGUAGAGAACAAUAUAAUUCCUUCGAAUAACGCAGAAAACGAUAUAAUUUCUGUAAAUACCGAAGAAAACAAUAUAACUUCAAGUAACGCAGAAAACAACACGAUUUCUUCAAGUAACGCAGAAAACGUUAUGAUUCCUAUUAGUAACGCAGAAAACAACAUAAUUCCUUCAAGUAACGCAGAAAAUAAUUGUUAUUGCAAAGAAUGUAAUCUUUCUUUUGCUUCAAAAAAAAAAUUAAAAUCUCAUAAACAAUAUCGUCACAAUGGAAGAAAACUUUACAACUGUGAACAAUGUGAUUAUGCAAAUAAUUAUAAAUCGAAAUUCGUACGUCACAAAAAAACGCAUACUAGAGAACGUCCAUAUCAGUGUUUUUGUUGUUCGUCUACUUUUACGUACAGAAACGCUUUCAAAUCACAUCUGUUUACUCAUAUUGAUAAAAAUUUAUCAUGUGAUAUUUGUCAUGAGAAAUUCACAACAGCAAAUUCACUAAUAACGCACAUAAUUUAUUAUCAUUCGUUUUCUCCAUCUGUUAGGGCGCGGCAAUGUAAAGUUUGUCGAGAAUUAUUCCCAAAUCGAUAUAGUUUAAAGAUUCACAUUAAAACCCAUAAAAAUAGAAGUUUAUUCAAAUGUAAUAUUUGUUGUUACACAACAAAAUCCUUACAAAUUUUAUUGAAACACGUAAAAAAACACGUAAGCAAUAAAAUUAUUUGUAAUGAUUGCGGGAGAUCGCUUGCAAAUAAAAAUAAAUUUGAACGACAUUGGUAUUUACGUCAUAAUUUUGCUAAUUAAUUAAAAGUAUAUUAUGAAUGUACUCAUUGCUAUAAUCGUAUUACUUAUGUACGAUAUGAUCAUUUUAUUCGCCACAUUAUCAAUAUUCAUGGCGUAGAAUAUCUAGAGCAAGAUAAAAUUUAGCUGCUUAAAAUUUGCCAAAAAGUUAUUGUAGAUGUGACCGGUUGAUUUAAAUUUAUAAAUAAUAUCAGAUUUUAUUUUGUUUUUUACUUCUAAGUCACAAUUUAACGAACUUAAACAAAAAAUUUAAGUUGAUAAUUAAAAAUAAAAAACUAAAAGUAGGAAAAAAUUUAUAAUUAUCGGAGUUUAUUGCUUUAUUAUUUACAAUUAAACAUUUAAUAUUUUAGUGUUUUAUCAAAAAAGUUAAUUUUUGUUAAUUACUUAUACAUUAUAAUUUUAAUGAUCUGUAAAUUUUAUGGAUUAAAAUAUAAUCAUAAUGAAAUGACCAGUUUUCUUUCAGUUUCG